AUGUCCCGUCCGACUAUCUCCGCCCAGCGGAAUCUCUCGUUAACCGAGGAGUUGGAGAGGCUAGAACAGCAAAUAACAUUGACACUCCAAGAAAUCGACCAUAACUUCAGCAAGGCUCAUCGAAUUGUGACCUCAAGCAUACUGCCGGUUGUCGAACAAUACGCGGAACAAUCGCGCGACGUGUGGGAAGCAUCAAAAUUCUGGAAACAAUUUUUCGAGUCGAGCGCUAAUGUCUCUCUAUCUGGAUACGAGGAACAGCCGUUAGAUGAGAGUGGACAUGACAUCACGGCCACUGAGGACUCAACGGACAUAACCCACACAACCCUUGACGAAGAGGCCGAAUCGUAUUCCUACGAUACGGCCACUUCUGGUCAUCUAGAUGUUGAUCAUCGCGAUGCAGAACCGGAUAUCUCUGGCCUAUCUAUUUCAGAUUCUCAUAGUACCCCCCGAGCUAGUGAUUACGUUAAAUCACACGAGGAUAGCUCCGUUGACUAUAGCUUAACAUCCGACGGGCUUGACGAAGGAGUGUCAUCAAUCGAAACGCCAUCUCAAAUGAACAAACCCACCCCAUCCACGCCCGGAAGAGAUCCAACUAGGCGCCCUCGGAAUAUUCCAACGACACCUGGAUCUGCUGUGUUUCCUCCUCCUACCUCGUUAAAGUCAAACAAGUCCAAAAUGGACCCAGUUCUUCACCGCACGCUUGACAAGACAUAUCGUGUUCAAGCGACACCGCUUGGAGGCUCUCGCACGUUGUUUAAAGCACGGCAUGGGCCUACGACUCCUAAAUCGCGUUACAACAUCGAAUAUUCGCCUCUUUCCAGCCCAGAGCUUGAGGCUCCCAAGCUUCACUCAGAAAUAUUUUCUUCUCCAGUUGCCCCUGAAUCUUCCAAACGCCCCCGUAGACCGAGCAACCCUGGUAACCCAAAGCCAGGAAUUAGCGUUUUCACUCCCGCCAAGCCGAGGAUGCACCGUCAGAGCCUCUGGGACAGCGAUGAUGAUUUGGACGACGACAACGUUGACCCUACCGCCUUCUUCGGGCACAGUCCACCGAAAACAAUGCAAUUCCAUGUUCCACAAAGUAAACUGCUCAAAACGCCCGCGAAGGAAGCCUCGAAGCGCAUAGUAUCAGAUUUUUUGCAUACAGCUGGUGCUGGAGACACGACUGAGGAGUUUGAUAACUUUGAAUAUAGUCCCACCGUUGUUCGUCGGAUGGAGGGAUUAGAUGAUGAUACGUUCUGA